UUCCUAGAAAGUGGCCUUUGUAUUUAGCAGCAGGCUGAGCUGUUUUUCACGAACUUGAUCUUAAACACUACAAAUGCAACGAGAUUCGGCACUGGAAACACAUAACCAGCCAAUAUCCUCCGUACCCGAAUUCAUUUUUGUAAAAUAAAUAAAUAAAUAAAUAAAUAUAAAUAUAUAUACACACACACAUAUAUAUUGUUGACUUGCAGUCAAAUUACGCGUCCCAGUGUAUGAGUACUAAUAUUUCUGCUGUAGUAAUCCGAUAAGGUUAUACGAAAGCUAUUUCUGUUUAACUAAAUUACGUAUUCGUGAAUCUCAACGUGUUAUGUUGCCAUCGAUUUAUUUAUUUAUUUUUAUUUUUUUGCAACAUUUUUCUGAAAUUUAAAUGGAUGUGUUUAGAAGCGUGCUGUUAAAUCGGCCUUCCGCAUUCCCCUUUGUUGGACAAGUCUCACUUUUCGAGUGAGUGAAAAUAUAUUUUUGACCUGGUGCAACUCUGCUCCGAAAACAUAAGAGAAACAAACACUUCUUAAUGGCUUGAUUUAACAUCUGCUCCUGGGUGCACAGGUGGAAGAAAAGAUAAAACUUGGGUGGCUACUAGGACUAAAUGAGUUGCCCUAAACUCAGUUAUUGUCAAAGGAUAUACAGACAUCGAUUUAUUUCAGUAUUUGUUGGAUGCAAGAAGUGGAUUCCUAGGAGUUUCAAAUGACCGGCCUUUCAUCAGAUUCCACAGAAACCAUAGCGAACGAGAGGAGUUCAGAAACGGAAUCCAGACCUGGAGAUUCAGAUCAGAACCGCAUUGCAGUCGCCACGGGGGAACUGAAAAAAGCAGGUUGGUACUGGGGUAAUCUGACAGCCAAUGAAGCCAAAGAGAUAUUGCAGGACACCACUGAGGGAACCUUCCUAGUCAGGGACAGCUCGCAGCAGGACUACCUGUUCACCAUUUCUGCAAAAACUUCAGUGGGACCAACCAACUUGCGCAUCGAGUACAGAGAUGGCAAGUUCAGGCUGGACUCUGUUUUGUUCAUCAAACCCAGACUCAAGCAGUUUGACACUGUGGUGCCUCUUGUAGAACAUUAUGUGUAUCUGUCCAGGAUUUCUAAAAGCUCUGAGUCGGCAUCACCACCCAACGGCACAGUGCAACUCUUGUUGACCAAGCCUGUUUAUGCUUCAACUCCAGCUCUGCAGCAUCUCUGCAGAAUCUCCAUUAACAAGGCUACCAAGAGGAUUGAGGAACUGCCUUUACCAAACAGGAUCAAAAAUUACUUGACAGAGUACACUUAUCAUGUGUGAGAGCCAUGUUCCAGUACAGUAUGUGCAAUAAGAAAAGCGUCUAAUACAUAAACCACUUUUGUAUUGUACUCGAUUACCCAGAGACUUGACAUAUGGUGACCCAUUUUUUCCCAUAAUAAAUGCACUUUAAGUAUGCAAUUUGCAAAAUAGAAGAUGAAAAAAUGAAGAAAUAUUUUAUAAAACUAAAAAGUAUAUCGCUUUAACUAAUAGUUUUGAAAUAAAAUAUAAAAAAGUACAUAUGCUUACUUCUGACGUUUCUGUUUUGUGGUUUGUUGAUUAGAGCGACAGCUCUGCUGAGUCAGUGGAGAUAUUACAGCAGCUACGAUGCUUGCUAUGUACAUUUUACUAAUUUGUUUUUAUAAUUGUAACGGCUGUACCAGAUUACUGGAUGUAUUUAGAUGGUAUCGUUUCCCUCUGCUGCCCCCCCCCCCCCCCCCCC